ACAGGACCUCAGUUGCCUUACGCAAAAUAAAAAUCUCAUGAGGCUAAACGGAUCCUGCUGAUCUCUUUAUAUUGGAUGUCCUCAUCUUGUGAAAACAUCCCAAGAAUCUUUGUCUAGAUGCACAAGACACAAGUAGCAACUAGCAGCAAAAUAAAUAUUGAGAAAACUUAAAAUGGCGAGUGCUCAUUCUAAUUGUCAUCAUUGUAUGGGCUCCCUUUGUGGAAGGCAGUAUGCCAGGAAAGAAGAGAACACUUACUGUGUUAGGUGCUAUGACAGCCUAUUUGCUAACUUCUGUGAGGAAUGCAAGAAGCCCAUUGAAUGUGAUUCCAAGGAUCUUGCUUAUAAAGGCUGCCACUGGCAUGAAGCAUGCUUCAAGUGUGCCAAGUGCAAUCACUCUUUGGUGGAAAAGCCAUUCGCUGCCAAAGAUGAUCACCUGCUGUGUACAGAGUGUUAUUCUAAUGAGUAUUCAUCAAAGUGCUUCCACUGCAAGAGAACCAUUAUGCCUGGUUCUCGUAAAAUGGAGUUUAAAGGGAACUGUUGGCAUGAAGCUUGUUUUGUUUGCCAACAUUGUCAGCAACCACUAGGAACAAAGCCUUUGAUUACCAAAGACAAUGACAAUUAUUGUGUACCUUGCUUUGAGAAGCAAUUUGCUCAAUGUUGUUAUUCCUGCAAGAAGGUGAUAACCACUGGUGGUGUGACCUAUCAUGACCAGCCAUGGCACAAAGAAUGCUUUCUAUGUACCGGAUGCCAUCAGCAGCUUGCAGGUCAACGGAUUGUUUCCAAAGAUGAGCAUCCUUAUUGUCUUGAAUGUUUCAGCAGAUGUUAUGAGAAGAAGUGUGUGGCCUGCUCCAGGCCCAUUACAGGUCUCGGUGGAGCAAAAUUUAUCUCAUUUGAGGAUCGCCAGUGGCACAGUAACUGCUUCAACUGUGGGAAGUGUUCCAGCUCUCUGGUAGGGAAGGGAUUCCUUACCCAGCAGGACCAAAUCCUCUGCUGCAAGUGCAGCAGCACCGUAUAGCUAAAUAAAUCCAAAGGCAAAUGAAUUCUACUAUUCGCUUUAAUAGUUCAGCAAAUAGAAAACCUUCUAGAAAGUAUAAUCAUUGUCUAACCAGGCAAGCCACUUUCUGACCCUGCUUCUGUCAUAGUUGUGUACACCCCUGGUGUCCCGUAUAGUCACUUUACAUAAGAAGGGUCAUGCUAGUAAAAUAAUGUCAAAGCUGUUACAAAUUAUUAACCUGAAAAAAUGGCUCCUACUUCUUCUACUUCUCUGUUGUUUGGCGGACAAGAAUGUUUAGAUUGCAGUACAAGCCAAAUACUAUGUAUAAAUCCUAAUAAAGAGGGAUUAUAUGAUUAGUGGUGGUGGUGGAAAAUACAGUCAAGUUGUAGCCAACUUAGGGCGGCCCCUACUGGGCUUUUCAAGGCAAGAAGGGACUAGCAGAAGUGUUUUGACAUUGUUUGCCUCUACGUAGCUAUUGAACUCACAGAUUGGAGUUUUUCUAGCAGCACAAGAUUUAGCAGCUCCCUUAUGGCUUUGGAGCAAGGGGUGGGGGUGCUGACAUUAAAUGUGCCUGUCUGUAUUCCCUCUCAAAGCC